CGCGCGAGGCCGACGGCGGUGAGGGGCAUUGCGCACACGGCUAGGCGACAGAGAUGUUUGUGAGCGUGAGUGGAGACGACCUACGGACAACAUUUGCGAACUACACCGCCACGACCGAGUAUGAGGUCAUCCGGGAGCUCGGUGGUGGCGGGCAGGGGCGGGUGUAUGCGGUGCGGCCGGUGGGCACGGCCAAGUCAGGCGAGGAAGGAGGCGCGUCCGGCGCCGACGGGCAGGCCGCGCCCGCGCAGACGCUACUGGCGAUGAAGGUCAUGCCCACAGGCUCCGAAUUGGCGGUGUGGAAGGCGCUGUUUGAGUGUGAAAUCCUCCGCCAGCUCAACUCGCCCUAUAUCGUGGCCUUUGAGGAUGCCUUUGUCCGCGAGCCGCCCUCGCCUACAGCAAAGGGCCUCGAAGUGUGCUUGGUCAUGGAGAUGUGCUCCGGUGGUGACUUGUUUGACGUCUUUGCCGCUCGGGCCAACGAUGCCGCUCCGUUUACUCAGACCGAGCUGGGCGGAUGGAUGGCUCAGAUCGCGUCGGCUCUCCAUCAUCUGCACUCGCAGACCUUUACCGAUCCCCGGCCGAACAAGUCUGGCAAGGCCAAGGCGCCCGGCCCACUCAUCUACCGCGACCUCAAGCCGGAGAACUUGUUUGUGACCACAGCGAGUGCCGCCGAGUCGGGCUCCGAGCGGUAUGUGCUCAAGCUGGGCGACUUUGGCAUUUCGCGGGUGGCGUGGGAUAAGGCCGACGAUGCCAACGGCAUCGAGCGAGUCGACACAACCUCGGGCUCGCUCUCGUACCUUGCGCCCGAGGCACUGGCCGGCGCAACUACGCUUACUCCUGCUGUCGAUAUCUUUGCACUCGGCGUCAUGAUGUUCUACAUGGCGCGAAUGGACAUGACGCCCAACGUCGGCAUGCUGGGUCUGCGGCCAGGCUUUGACCCGGUUGCUUCGCUCCGCCCACUGCUGGUGAGCGGUGCACGGUCAGAACUUGACGAGCCGUUCAUCGAUUUGAUCAUUCGCUGUGUGAAAGCAGCGCCUGAGGAUCGGCCGUCGGCGGCAGAGCUGCUCGCCUCGCCGGUCCUGGCGCCGUACGUGGCCGACCUGGCUGCGGAUCCGAUGACGGCGCGGGUGGUCAAGGCGCGGCCGGACGCGCGCGAGGCCAUCUCGGCCUCGGUUCGCGAUCACUUUCGGCGGCAGCACUAUGCAGUGGCGCGGAUCACGCUGCUCUCGGCGUCCAAGGCUAGAAUCGACUCGCCGUCCAAGGCUGCCGGCAAGUGCUUUCGGGCCACGGUGCGGCAUUCCGAGUCGUCGCGCGAGCCGCGGUUUGACCUUGCCUUUGACAUCCAGCUCGGAACUCGGCUCGGACGCGACGGCUUCCAGCUUGUUAUCGACGCCUCGUCGGUGGUGGAGCUCGCCAUCCCGCCGCGGCGGCGGCCGACGCUGCUGGUGCGGACCGACGACGAGCCGUCGCUCGUCCGCGCGGCCGGUCGCUCCAAAAAGUUUGUGCCGUGGGACUCGUUUAGCCUUGAUGGUGGCAAUGCGGCCGUAGCUGCGGCAGCGAGUGCGGCGGCAGCCAGUGUAGCGGCGGAAGACGGCUCUGAUGCCGCUCCGCCGCCGGCGCGCACGCUGCGGUCAACGCCGCAGCGACGAGCCAAGGCGCGGUCACGCAUCCCCGCGACACCCAACACCAAGCGCCGCGUCGCGCAGUGGACCGUCAACAGCGACGGUACCUACGAGGUCCUCGUCACUUUUGCCUCCAUGCUUGGUCUCGAGCGCUUCCUCCACAACCUUGCCAUGGUUGCCCGCGAGCCGACCGAGGUCUUCCACGCCGCGCAGGCCACCAUCAUCGAUCUCGUCACCCCACUCCUCUCUAGGCCGCGGAGCAUCAGUCCAGACUCGGACGACGACGCUGAGACGUCCUCUGAUGCUGGCUCGGCGUCGCCAACUCACUGCCCUCGCCGAACGCCCGCAGGCCAGCCUGACUGCGGCAACGACCACGAUCUCGACCACGAUGACGAUGACGACGAGGCCGACGGUGGGAGCUUAGAGGACCUCACCGGGCUUAUGCGCAAGCUCAAGUUUUGAGACAAUGUGUAGGCAACCAUAUGCGUAUGAUAUGAAAGCAAGCAUAAGUGGA